CUGUGGAAGGAUGUGUUAGGGAAACUCUGCUCCUGCUCUUCAGAGCUUUGGCCAAGGGAAAAAACGUGUUUCUCACUUUCAAAGGAAUUGGAGUUCUGUCCUUUAAGAAUAACAAGGUCCAGAUGAAAUUCGACAGAGAUUUUAUUAAUGGCUUGGAUGGAACUGGUAUGCUGCCUUUAGCCUUUAACAAGAGACCUGGGAGCAGGGCUUCUUUACUGCCCAGUGGACUAUCUCGGCUUGAAAGCCCGCAUACUGCAAACUCUGUAACCCUGCCAACUAUUGUCUCUCCUCAGCCAGAAAACAAAGCCAGGGACAAAGAUGGAUGGUGCUUGUCACCAGCUCCAGACCAAAGGAAUGCAGGAGAAGUUCCCCAACUGAGAGAAGCUAAAUCCCAUCAGACACUGCAGCCUGCCAAGGUGAAAACUGUCAGCCUGAAGUCUGAGGAACCAAAUCCAAAACCUCCUGUGGAGGCUAGAGACAGGACCACCACCUCCACAUCACCCCAAGAAGUCCUGCCAAAACUGGAGGAACAUCUUGUAAAUGUGAACUGCUCUGGGCAUGCCCGUGCUGAACAGGAGCUGUGCUACCUGUGUACACAACGGGUCCAAAGAAAUAUGCCAGUGCACCUGAGGGCUAAGCAGCAGGCAGAUGAGAGAGCACAGGAGAAACUGCUAUUGCUUAAACAACAAGUGAGAGACGAGCAAUGCAUGGAGGAAGAACAGGCAAAGCUGAAAGAACAACACACACGUGCGAAGCAGGUGGCUGCAUUUAACCUUCAAAUGUCAGCGAAGAAAGAGCUGACUCACCUUCCUGUGAAUCCUAAUUCAUUCAUCUUCCCGGCUCGGCCCCUCACACCUCCCAGGAGCAUCCAGCAGGGUCGCUACAUGAACGAUAUUCAGGCUCAAAUAGAAAGAAGACGGAAAUUUAAAGAUCAAGAUGAGCAGAACCGCCUUCUCAUGGAGGGUCUAGACCAGAUCCAGCUGAUCCAGGACAUAGCUUUGCAGAAGGCUCAGCAGCUCCAGCAGAAACAGGAAAAGACUGAGCAUUACAAGAGGGCUCUGGACACCCAGGUGGAGCAUAAGAAGUGCACAGAACCACCAGAUUGCCAUCCUGACACCUCCACUUUCAGCCGUUGUGACACAGCAGCCUGCAACACAGAGAGCCGAGAAAGGGCGCAGAAGAUCUUCCAGGUAAAUUUCAGUGCUGCCGCCCAGAGGAAGAAAGAACUGCACAACCAUCAGGCACAGCUGGAGAAAGAGAGGGAGAUGCUCAGACACAAUAAAACAGAGCUAAUACUGGAUCGUAUUAAACGCUUUGAGAAGACGCGGGACAUCAGCAAGUCACUAGAGCAGGAGUGGAGUUCCAGUAUGAAGCACAAACACAAGCAAGAGGAGGAUGAGAGGCGUUUCCUGAGGUCUGCCGGUCAGCUCCUGGUUGAUAAGCUUGCAGAGUACAGGUGCUGCUGCCAGUGCAAGAGGAGAACCACCAACUGUGGCGAGACCAACAUCUGGAAAGACUCUCGUUACCCCUCUGGUUCAAAGCUCAUGAUCUGAUGACAUGAACAUGAAUAAACAAAAAAAAAAACACAACUUAUCAUGUGAUGGUCACCAGUUCAAAAUAACAGAUUAUGUAUAUAU